AGUAGACAGGAAAUGCAGCCGUAAAUGCAUUUACGACAACAAACGAAUACGAUUUACGGCAAUAUCAUGGCGGCUUACGGACAGAGUUUUGAAAGUACAAAUAAUAUUGAAGCAAGGAAGGAAUUUAAACGUAAAGCCAGAGAGCAGGUUCUAUGUGAGGCCAAGGAGAAGUAUGAGAGGGAGGAGAAGAGGAAGGAGCUGAAGCGGGCGAGGGGCGAGGACACCUGGAUGCUCCCGGAGGUGGACCGGCGGCUGCAGCAGCUAGACCAGGAGCAUUCGGGUAAAAGCAAGAAGAAGAAAGAGAAAAAGUCUAAAAAGAGUAAAAAAGAGAAGAAGAAAAAAGAUAAGAAGGAAAAGAAGUCAGCAAAGGAAGAUGAUUCCAGCGACAGCUCUGAGGACCUGGAGGGUGAGUGGGUGGAGGCUCCGGCUCACCCGGACGUCUCCCAGAAAGCCUGGAAGAUCCAGGACGAGAAGAACCCGUCCACCGCCAGCCCAACGAGCGCCAGCAAGCGAGAUGAAUGGAUGACCUUUGACUUCCUGGCCAUGAAAACCACUUCUACGGAAGAGCGGAGGGCCGAGAAGGAGAAGCAGAAGGAGGCGGAGCGGGAGAAGGCCCGGUGCAUCGAGGAGGCCGGCCUGCACAAGCUGGAGCUCAACCCCUUCUGGAAGGACGGAGGGACGGGCCUGCCCCCACAGGAGAGCGCCGUGGCCCCCAUUAAAAAAGCGGCGGUGGUGGACGACGGGGGUCUAAGCUGGCUCAGGAAGUCUUAUCAGCGCAUGAGGGAGCAGGCCGAGAGAGAACAGCGCAGUCUGGAGGCUGUGGUAGCAGAGAGAUAUGGGUCCAUGGAGCAGUUCCAGAAGAGGCUGCAGGAGGCAGAAAAUGCGGCGUUCGGGCGGAGGAACGCGCAGAGGGAGUUUGGUGGAGACAGGUGGAGGCGAGGGGGCCCCCAGGGACCCCAGAGGAGUUUCGGCGGGGACGCGGAGGCCUCCCCUCCCGGCGGCGAACACGCGGAGCGGGAGCGGGGACGGGCCGACGGGCGGGGAGCGCGCAGAGACGGGCACGUGGACAGGGGGCGGGACUCCCGUUACCACAGAGGGGGCGACAGGUUCAGGGACGGCCGGCCAGAGGACUCUGAGAGGGGACGCAGGGAGGAUCGUGGGCGGAGUCACGAGGAUCCCCCACGCAGAGAGAGCCCUCACAGGGGGCGGAGUCACGAUGAUCCCCCACGCAGAGAGAGCCCUCACAGGGGGCGGAGUCACGAUGAUCCCCCACGCAGAGAGAGCCCUCACAGGGCGGAGUCACGAGGAUCCCACGCAGAGAGCCCUUACAGGGGCGGAGUCAAGAUGAUCCCCCAUUCAGAGAGAGCCCUCACAGGGGGCGGAGUCACGAUGAUCCCCCACGCAGAGAGCCCUCACAGGGGGCGGAGUCACGAUGAUCCCCCACGCAGAGAGAGCCCUCACAGGGGGCGGAGUCACGAUGAUCCCCCACGCAGAGAGAGCCCUCACAGGGGGCGGAGUCACGAUGAUCCCCCACGCAGAGAGAGCCCUCACAGGGGGCGGAGUCGUGAGGAUGCCCCACGCAGAGAGAGUCCACAAGGGGUCCAGAGACGCGACAGAUCUCCCCCGGCCCUCGGGUCCCUGAGGGCCAAGUUCCUGAAGCCCACCGCGAUCGAGGAGGACACGUGGACCGGUUGGGCCCGGAAAAGCGAAGCCGCCCCCACGUCGGCCUCCUCGGGGUUCCUCCGACCCAGCGACGACGACGGGGAGGCGAAGCUGAGUGGAGCUCCGGCCUGGAAGAAGCCCAGCUUCAGAGAGCCAGAUCCAGAGGGGGCCCCGGAGCGAGCUCCCCAACCUGAGCUCAAACACUGCAGAGGGGGGCACACCUCGCCCCAGCAGCAGCCAGACAGGGAGGCUAACACUGCCCUGCAGGAGAGGCACAGCCACAGCCACAGGUCCACAGCCACGCCUCCCAGAAGCUCUUCUGGCCCCGCCCAAGCCUCAGAAAGUGAGGAGGAGGAGGAGGAUGUCCAGAUCCUCAGCGAUGAAGAGAUGAACAAAUUAGGGGCGAAGCUGGUGAAGGCCGAGCUGAUGGGAAACACGGCGCUGGUGGAGAAGCUGAAGGCACAGCUGGAGUCGGCCCGGAAAGCCAAGGAGAGCAGAGCUCAGAAGGGCCCUGCCUCAGUUCCAAACAGCAAGGUUUCGGGACGCGUGGAGGAAGACCAGGAAGUGGUUCUCUUCAGGACGGACCAAGCUGGCCGGGCGUGGCCCGUCAAUGCCCCGUCGGAACCUCUGGAGCCCAGAGGAGGGCGCAGGAAGAAGAAGGCGAUGGAGACACACCGGGACGGGGAGCGCGUGCGCUACUUCCAGGACGACGACGGGACGGACCUGCGGGAGAUGGUGCGGAGGGAGAAGAUGACCACCAGCGAGGACCAAAACGCCCUCUACUCCCGCAUGGCGGCCAAGAUGAUGGGGAAGCAGGACGGGGAUAACUACACCCUGGACGACAUGUUUGUGUCCAGCGCGGCCCAGAGGGAGCGCUCGGGCCAGGAGGAGGAGCGCCAGAGGAGCAGGGCCAUCCAGGAGCACCAGCGCUGGGCCUCCUGCAUGCAGAAGUGCCCCUACUGCUUCGACAGCCCCGAGCUGCCCAAGCACCUCGUCAUCGCCAUCGGAGCCAAGGUGUACCUGUGCCUGCCGAACUGUGUGUCCCUGGCUGAGGGCCACUGCCUGAUCGCCCCCCUGCACCACCACUGUGCCGCCACCGGCCUGGACGAGGACGUGUGGGCCGAGAUUCAGAUGUUCCGCAAGGCCUUGGUGAAGAUGUUCCAGGACCAGGACCAGGACUGCGUGUUCCUGGAGACGCACAGGAACCCAAAGAACCGCCGGCACAUGGUGUAUGAGUGCAUUCCCCUGCCCAGAGAGCUGGGUGACAUGGCGCCCAUCUACUUCAAGAAAGCUCUGAUGGAGUCCGAUGAGGAAUGGGCCAUGAACAAGAAGGUGGUGGACCUCUCCUCCAGAGACAUUCGUCGAGCCAUUCCCAAGGGUCUUCCUUACUUCUCUGUGGAUUUUGGGCUUCAAGGUGGUUUUGCUCACGUCAUAGAGAACGAGCAGAAGUUCCCUCAUUAUUUCGGAAAGGAGAUUAUCGGGGGAAUGCUGGACCUGGAGCCCAGGCGAUGGCGGAAGCCAAUUCGAGAGAACUUUGAUGACCAGCGGAAGAAGGUUCUGGAGUUUGCCCAGUGGUGGAAGCCCUUUGACUGCACUAAGGCAGACAGCUGAUGCGCUGGGACACUGCUCUUAACUCGUCCUCUUUGUCUUUAUUUUGUAAAUGUUGGGAUACUGAUAGAUGCACAUCAAACGUAAAAGUAUUGCCGUAAUAUUUUAAAAUGACGUUCAUGGUGUUUAAAAAAAGUAAUAAAAAGCUGAACACA